CGGAUCAUACGGGCAGUAAGUACUAACAUAGUUUUUGCCAAUGAUUGCGGAGAGCGGUCGGUCGAGCGUAAAGUCCGGCCGCCUUUUGACCGCUACCUUGAUGCCCUUCGAUGACUCGUAAUGACUACCUGCACGGCAUCAUAGUCUAUUUUCUGCACGUAUAAAUGUACGCAAUGCACUGCCCGCACGACCGUCUUUCACAGUAUACCACGACGUGUCUAUUUGUGAAGUGGUUUCCGGAGGAGUGCAGAUUUUUCCAGAUGCACCCUCGUGCUUUCCACGUCCUCGCCUUCAUGCUGACUGCAGUCGUAAGGGCCGGCUGUGACGAUAAAACAAAAUGGUACUCUGAGUUACGGUCCAUAAUCAAGAAUUGCCCAUCAGUGACGCAAAACAGCUCCGAUCAGGAUGAAUUAUUGGACAUUUUUAGAAGAUGCGUGCAGCAGAGAGCCAUUGACACUUUGGAUACUCUCCUCGACGAUGAUGUUAUUACGAUAUUCGACGGUGUCGAUCUGAUACGACUUCAUUCAAACGAUGAAAACAAUACGGAAUAUAAAGAUGAUUCUGCUGAUGAGUUAGAAGAGGAGGAUAUCAGUUGGUCGACAAUCAUCUGGAAUCGAAUGACACGCGUCCUGCGGACUCACGCUUUUAAAAUUGACGUUGAUCGUAUAUUUAAUGCAGCUGCUAACAGUCCGACGUCCGCACGAAAUCUGGAUAAUAAUAUCAUUCAGGGUCGGAAACGCCGUCACCGCCGUAGGCAUCACAUGUUCCCGCUGAUGAUGAUGGGUCUGCUGUUGAUGGGUACGAUUCUAGUGCCGAUGGGUUUUCAAUUCCUUGCGGUGUUGGGUGGUAAAGCCUUGAUACUCGCCAAAAUGGCUCUUAUAUUAUCCAGCAUACAAGGUCUGAAAAAGAUAGCUACUAGUGGCGUUAAUUACGGAUUAUAUCACGUCCACGACAGAAGUCAUCAGGUACUUCCCAACGAGGAUCAAGAACAUUAUCCGUUAUAUAUGCCUCCGCAUCCUUAGUUUCUUUGCCAAGUGAAAUUUUAAGUACAAGUCAUUCGAGAAAGUUCCAACGCGACGCGUAUUGUACUUUCGUCGAUAAAAUAGAGAGUAAAACAAAAUAGCACAAUCGGGAGUAUUUCCUGAAAUUGAAUUAUUCAUGGCAGUGCUCUUGAAUUUUAUUAAUAAUCAUACAACAAGAAUUUUCCUUCGAGACAUUUUCUCCAUUACCGCACAUUUACAUUUUGCUGCAAGCUAUUUGAUCAUGCAAAGCAUUCUACAAUAUUUGAUCGAUGCUACGCUAAUUAUCAUAUAGCGUAUAAUAUUGUAGAAAGGCGUGUUCGAGCGUUAUCCGUCAACAAA